GCCGCCUUGCGGCUGGGUGGGCGAGAGUGCUCUGACCCGCCCUUUGGUGACGUCACUUCCUGUCGGGCCGAGCGGGGCCCGGUUCCGCGGUCCCUUUAAGGCCGAAGCGGCGGCGCGAAGCCCAGCUAUGGUGGUGCUGCCGGGCGGUGCGGCGGUGCGCGGCUCCCCGGAGCCCUUCCCGAGGAUCGAGGACUGCCUGCCACCGCUGGAGAGCUCCCCAUCCAAGCGCUUCUCCCCCUCCAAGCGGAAGCAGUACUACAUCAACAAGGCCAUCCGCAACUCUGACCUCAUCCCUAAAGCCAAGGGGCGCAAGAGCCUGCAGAGGCUGGAGAACACUCGCUACUUGAUGUCACUCUUGGUACGAGAUGAAUGUGGCAGCAGUGAGGCUGAGCUCGCCCACUCUGCCACCCCGAGCAUCUUCACCGAGGCCUGCAACAAUGAGACCUAUGUGGAGAUCUGGAAUGACUUCAUGAACCGGUCAGGAGAAGAGCAAGAGCGUGUCCUGCUUUACCUGGAGGAGGAGGCUGGGAAGAAGCACAAGAGGAAGCUGCCCUUGAAAAACAAAGAGAAGUGGAAAGAGCACCCUGCCUACACACCCAAGGAGUGCUUCCAGCGCAUCGCCGCCGCCCUGCGCUCCACCCUGAAGCGUGGCAGGAUCCCUAUGGGGAUGCUGGAGUGCUUGGAGGAGGAGCUGCUGACCUUCUUUUCUGUCACUCCACACUCUGUGUACACGGCACUGAUGGACAACAGCUUUGAGCGACUCCUGCUCCACGCACUCUGCCAGUACAUGGACCUCGUCUCUGCCAGUUCGGAUAUUGAAGGGAAGCGCCAAAUGAAAGUGAGCAACAAGCACCACGUCUUCCUGCCCCCAGAGCUGCUGCUUUCGGACUACCUGGAGCAGCUCAGCUGACAGCGAGGGGCCCUGCCCCAUGCUCAGCACGCUGAAGGCUUUGCUUGCCCACUGAUGGCCUCCAUGGGCCUCGUUCCUUGUGACUUGCACGUGGGGCUCAUCCCUUCCCCACUGAGUGGGCUGAGCCUCCCCGUAGGCGCUGCAGUGUGUUGUGGGGCUGCAGAUGGGCCGCGGCAGGAGCCAGGCAUCCUGGCCCUGUCCACGAUGUGCCCACAGCCCGUGUGCUUUUAAUGAUGCCAGGCCCGUGGCAUGCUGCUGGGCUGGAUGCGUCUGGGCUCAGCCAGCGGAAGCGCCUGGGGCCUGUGUGGCAGCCCUGUCUGUGUUCUGACACCUCCAUGCCAACAGGCGCAGCCCUCAGGCACCCCUGGAGCUGGCUGGCUGGCCGCAGCAUGGAGCAGGGCUGUUUUUAAAUGUAUCAUAGCUGUCUUUUAUGUGUAUAUUUGUACGUGUGGGGGCGGGAAGGGAAGGGAGAAGUGCUGGCCCCAGGUAUGCGCUCUGUGCAGCCACCUGCAGCAGGCUGGGGCAUGAGCAACGGGUGGUGCCUCGUGUUUGUGUGCGUGCGUCAGAAACGGGCGGCAUUCAUGCCGGGACAAUAAAAGUGUGGUGCUCCAAUGAUCUGUGGUU